GGGUAGCUCGGGGGGGGAGGGGCGGUGGAGGGAAGCACCGAAUUGGGGAGGGGGAGGUGUUGCCCCGCCCCUCCCCCACAUCCGGAGCAGGUGGCGGCGCCCCUCCCCCCCCCAGCUGUUCCCCCCCGCCCCCCCCCGGGCCGGGACUCGCGGCCAUGGCGCCCCACGGAGCCCCCACCGCCGCCUUCCUCCUCCUCCUCCUCUUCCUCUGCACCCGCGCGGCGGGAGGGGCGGCGGGGCCCCCCCCGAGCCCCCCCCCCGGGGAGCGGCUGCUGCACGCGCUGCUGGCCCGGUACCGGCCCGGGGUGCGACCGGCGGCGGCGGGACCCGGCGGCCGCGUCCUGGUGCGGGUGGGGCUGGAGCUGGCGCAGCUCGUCAGCCUGGAUGAGAAGCACGAGGAGCUGACCACCAAGGUCUACCUUGACCUGAGCUGGCGGGACCCCCGGCUGCAGUGGGACCCCCGCGCUCACGGGGGGCUGGGGGUGCUGCGGGUGCCGGCCCAGCGCCUCUGGCUGCCCGACGUGGGGCUGGAGAACAAUAACGACGGGGAGUUCGGGGUGUCCCUGGGGGUCCGGGCCAUCGUCACCCCCGACGGCUCCGUGCGCUGGCGGCCCCCGGCGCUCUACCGCAGCCGCUGCCCCAUCCGGGUCUCGCACUUCCCCUUCGACUGGCAGAACUGCUCCCUCGUGUUCCGCUCGGGCUCGUACGGCCCCGCCGAGCUGGGGCUGCGCCUGGCGGGGGGGGGCGCCGGGGCCGGGGGGGCCGCGGCGGGGGGCGCCCAGGCUGUGCUGCCCCCCGGCUUCCAGGAGAACGGGCAGUGGGAGCUGUGCCACCGCUCCGGCCGCCACCACGCCGGCCCCUCGCACGAGGACGUCACCUUCUACCUCGUGAUCCGCCGGAAGCCGCUCUUCUACAUCGUGAACGUCCUCGUGCCCUGCGUGCUGAUCACGCUGCUGGCCGUCGUCGUCUUCUACCUGCCCCCCGACGCCGGGGAGAAGAUGACGCUGUCGCUGUUCGCGCUGCUGACGCUGACCGUGUUCCUGCUGCUGCUGGCGGACAAAGUGCCGGCCACGUCGCUGGCGGUGCCGCUCAUCGGGCGCUACCUGACGGGGACCCUCGUGCUGCUCACGCUCUGCGUCAUCCUCAGCGUCGGCGUCCUCAACCUGCACCACCGCUCGCCCGCCACCCACGCCAUGCCGCCCUGGGCCCGCGCGCUCCUCCUGCAGCGCCUCCCCCCCCUCCUGGGGCUGCGCCCCCCCGCGGCCCAGCGCCCCCCGCCCCCCCCCCCGCCCCCCGGGGGCGCCCCCCCGCGGCGGGGACGAGUACUUCCUGCGGCGGCCCCCCCCCGGCGCCGCCCCCCCCGCGCCCCCCCCGCGCCCCCCGGCCCCCCCCCCCCCCCCGAGCUGCGCGCGGCGGCGGCCGCCGUCGCCUUCAUCGCCCGGCACCUGCGGGAGCAGCAGCGGCACCAGGAGCCCCUGCCCCCGUGCGGCCCCCCCCGCCCCGUGCGAGGCCUUGCACGAGCGUCUCACGAGCGCUCGCACGGGGCCGCCGUGCAGCUGCGGGAGGAGUGGCACGUGGCGGCGCUGGCCGUGGACAGACUCUUCCUCUGGGCCUUCCUGGCGCUGACGGGGGGCUGCGCCCUCGGCACCGGCCUGGACGCGGCCCUGCACCGCCCCCCCCCGCACCCCUUCCCCUGAGCCCCAAACCCCGCCCCCACGCCCGCCACCCCCGCAACGGGGGGGACCCCAAUGCCUGGGACCCCCGAAAUGCGGGGGGACCCCCAAAAAGGGGAGUGCUGGAGGAUGGGUCCCCUCC